CUUAAUUCCACUCCAAUGCAAACCCACUUCGAUUCGAUUCUCCAUUGGUAUAUCAAUGGCCACCCUCGUUUUCCCCGACCACCCCUCCCCCGUCGCCGACGCCGAGGCCAUUUACAACGCGUGUAAAGGAUGGGGGACGCAUGAGAAGACCGUGAUCGGAAUCAUCGCACACAGGAAUUGGACUCAGAGGAAGCUGAUCAAACAGGCGUACCACGAUCAGUACCAGGAGGAUCUGAUCAGACGCUUCGAGAAGGAGCUUUCCGGCGGCUUGGAGAGAGCGGUUUACCGGUUGAUGCUGGAUCCGGAGGACCGCGACGCCGUGCUGUUGCAUGUGGCGAUCAAGCAGGGCGGCGUUCCAGAUUACCGUGUAAUCAUCGAACAGGCCUGCAUCUAUUGUCCUGAAGAGUUUCUGGGCGUCAGACGGGCCUACCAGGCCCGCUACAAGCGUUCCUUUGAAGAAGAUUUGGCUCAAUGUUCUACUGCAGAUUUUCGCAGGCUUCUGGUUGCGUUGGUGGGUGUGUACAGGUACUCUGGAAGUGAGAUCGACGCUAAGUUAGCACAGGCUGAGGCAGAGAUUCUCCACAAUGCCAUCAAGAAAAAGGAGUAUAAUCAUGAAGAAAUCGUUAGAAUACUGAGCACGAGAAGCAAGGCUCAGCUCAUAGCCACUUUCAAUCGCUAUAAAGAUGAACAUGGCAUUGCUAUCACCAAGGAUUUGAAGGAAGAUACUGGGAACCAGUACCUAACAGCGCUGCGCAUGACGAUCCGAGCCAUGGUUGACCCACAGAAGUACUACGAGAAGCUGGUUCGGCAAGCUCUGACGAAGACUGGGGCGGACGAGGAUGAUUUGAUCCGUGUGAUUGUGACGAGGGCUGAGAGGGAUUUGAGGGACAUCAAGGAUCUUUAUUUCAAGAGGAACAGUGUGACUCUUGAUCAGGCUGUUGCCAAGGAGACUUCUGGGCAUUUCGAGGCUCUUCUCCUGGCUCUGCUCGGGAAGCAAGAGUGAUUCUAGUCUGUCUGGUGUCUUCUUGGGCUUGGCUUUUGAAUGUUGGAAAGUUUCAUGUUUGUCCAACAUGAUGAUGUUAAGAGAGUUUUGAGUGUGUGGUUAGUUUGUGAUUUUCGUGUGUUUUGAGUCAGUCCCCCUUGUGGUUUCUUCUCUUCAGUAAUGGAACUUUUUUCAUCACCUUUCAAUGAUGCUCACAAAACCUUAAAAAAAAAAAAGGAUAGCUGUGGUAAAGAUUCCACUAGGAUGAUAACAAGAUUUGGAAUUACAAGAAAUGUUACUCACUUGGGAGGCCA